AUGGAUUGCAUUGGAAAGCUAUUUACAUAUGCGUAUUUCCAAGACCCAGAACCACCAGAGGUUGAUAGUGAAUCGGGAAUCACACCUCCUCCCACAAUUCCUCUGGUUGAUAGGGUUGCUGCGUCAAUAUGUGAGACUUUCAAGACAGAGGACAUUGAUGCGAGGGUCGAGUUGCAAAUAAUUAAAGCUCUUCUUGCAGCUGUUAUAAAUGACAAGCUGUUUGUGCAUGGUAAGAUUCUGCUCAAUUCGAUUCGAAAAAUAUACUUCAUUUCAGUGCGAUCCCUGUCUCAGGCUAAUCAAGGAGUAGCCCAAGCUGCCUUGACACAAAUGGUCGAUAAGGUCUUUGAAAGAGUGAAAAAAUUCAUCAACUUGUCUACAAGAAGCAACAAAUCAUCAAGCUUAGAUGUAUCGUCGCUGAGAAACGGAUCAGUUGCAUCUACAACUUCUGCAGGAGAGGAGAGUACUCCUGAACUUACUCUGCGUUCUAUGACUCAGAAAACAACUUCACAAAGACACUCGAUUGAAGACGACCGGAUAGCUAAAGAUGAAUCACUUGAAUUGAAUGUAGACGAUGCAGGAGCUGACUCAAACGAUUUGAUGAUCAAAGAUGCGUUCUUGGUUUUUAGAACAAUGUGUAUGUUGACAGAGAAGCCUUUGGAAGAUGACGGCACCAAUCUCAAAUCACAAGCAGUGCGUACCAAAUUGUUGACAUUACAUCUGGUUCACACUAUUCUCAAAACCCACAUGAGCGUAUUCACAUGUAAUAACUUGUAUAUCAAGUCGUCAAACAAGGGCGACGAAAAGUUUGUCAUUGCUAUCAAGGAUUAUGUGUGUUCGAUGCUGGCAAGAAAUGCCGCGAGUAUUUCGAGCCCUGUAUUUGAAAUCUCUGCGGAAAUCCUCUGGUUAAUCUGGAGUAAUUUGCGUAGUCAGUUCAAGAAAGAGAUUUCUGUAUUUUUAGUGGAAAUUUAUUUCCCCAUUUUGGAAAUGAAAACUUCCACUGUACACCAAAAGCAAUAUUUCUUGUCGAUUCUACAGAGAGUAUGCAAUGAUCCUAGGGCAUUGGUUGAGAUUUAUCUCAAUUAUGACUGUGACCGAAAUGCACCCGUCAACGUUUUUGAGCAUAUUAUCGAUGUUUUGGUUAAGAUGGCUGUGACUCCUGUCCACAUGACACAAAUGCAACUUCAAAACUAUUACGAAGCAAAGACGAAACAUCAAGUAUUGGCAACUUAUAAUCUGUCUCUUCCUCCUGCUCUGGCAAUCGCAAGUUUGGCUGGUCAAAGCCAUGUCGAAGCGUCUGCUCAAUAUCCCAUGGAAUAUAGUCUGAAAAUGGUAGCCCUCGACUCACUAGUAGCUGUGCUUCGAUCUUUGCUCACCUGGUCUCAACGUGGUAUCGCUGCUGCGCUGACUACCAACAGCACCAGUCAUGACGCGUUAUCAGAGUUGAAUGGCGCAGUGGGUGAUUCCAAUGUCGAUUUGGAUGAAACUCCGUCUGGAGCUGCCACUCCAAACCUUUCCAAUGGCAAAGGGUUUUCAGACGACCCAUCACAAUUUGAAUCGCUUAAGCAUCGUAAAGCAGCUUUAUCUGGAGCAGUACGGGAAUUUAAUUUCAAACCUAAACGUGGUCUAGAAAGGCUCAUUAGAGAGGGGUUCAUUUCUUCCAAGGAACCUAUAGAAGUGGCCAAAUUCCUGCUUAAUACCGAGGGUCUUGACAAGGCCACUAUUGGAGACUUCCUUGGUGAUGAUGAUCCAUAUCAUAUCUCGAUCAUGCAUGAGUUUGUGGAUUUGAUGGAUUUCAAGGGUCUUUCAUUUGUAGAUGCACUACGACGAUUCCUUCAAGGGUUCCGAUUACCAGGAGAAGCACAGAAAAUCGACAGAUACAUGUUGAAAUUUGCGGAACGAUAUAUUUCCGACAACCCAGGCGUAUUCUCCAAUGCAGAUACACCAUAUAUUCUUGCCUAUUCGGUUAUCAUGCUCAACACCGAUUUGCACAGUCCAGAGAUUAAACAAAGAAUGACUACCGAGGAAUUCAUUCGUAAUAAUCGUGGUAUAAAUGACUCGGCCAACCUGCCAGAUGAGUUCCUCUUGAACAUUUACCACGAAAUUCAAACAAAUGAAAUCAAGCUGUUGUCAGAACAACACGCAGCUUUACUCUCAUCAGGUGGUACUCAGGGUGGCUCGUUUGCAGCCAAUUUUGGUUUAACUUUGGCAGCUGUUGGAAGAGACCUUCAACGUGAAGCAUACAUGCAAGCAUCCAAGGAAAUGUCAUCCAAAACGGAACAGCUUUUCAAGAGACUCAUUUCCAGCGAAGAUGGUAGAAACAAAGAUAAUGAGUUUUAUAUCGCAUCCCAUAUUGAGCAUGUCAAGCCAAUGUUUGAGUUUGCUUGGAUGUCUUGUCUUGCUGGUUUAAGUGGACCAUUCCAGGAGAGUGAAGAAGCCGAUGUUGUCAGGUUGUGUAUGGAGGGCUUGAGACUGGCUAUUAGAAUUGCCUGUCUGUUUGAUGUUGAACUGGCUCGAAUUUCGUUUGUGUCUGCACUAGCUAAUUUCACAAAUCUUCAGAGUUUGAGUGAGAUGAAAUUAAAGAAUGUAGAGGCUGUCAAAGUGUUGCUCACAACUGCUUUAUCCGAAGGAAACAUGUUAAAGUCAUCGUGGAAAGAUGUUUUGACUUGUAUCAGUCAAUUGGAAAGAUUCCAGUUGAUUGCCAGUGGUAUUGAGGCAAAGUCGAUUCCUGAUGUCACUAAUGCUCGAUUUGCCUCGCGUGAAUCAGUUGAUCGAGUCCGUUCGUUUGGUAGUCCUGCUAACUUCCGAGCUGCAGUAUUUAAUCCUGAAGUUGGUCGCGAAUUGCAGUCUUCAACUAUCGAGGUAGACAUGGACAAGAUUUUCACACAAAGUUCGCAAUUAUCAGGAGAUGGCAUUGUCGAGUUUGUCAAGGCAUUGACUGCUGUUUCCUCUGAAGAAAUUCAAUCUUCUGGUAACAGUGACCAUCCACGGAUGUUCUCGCUGCAAAAAAUGGUUGAUGUAUCGUACUAUAACAUGGAGAGAAUCAGAGUUGAGUGGUCACAAUUGUGGGUCAUCAUGGGAGAUCAGUUUAACAAAAUGGGCAGUCAUGAGAAUGCCAAUGUUGUCUCAUUUGCUCUCGACUCUUUACGACAAUUGUCAUUGCGAUUUUUUGAUUUAGAGGAGCUUUCGCAUUUCAAAUUCCAAAAGGAUUUCCUUAAACCUUUUGAAUAUACUAUGGUUCAUAACAACGACAAAGCUGCUAAGGAGCUGGUUCUGGAAUGUCUUCAGCAAAUGAUUCUAGCCAAAUCGGAUCGUAUCAAAUCAGGCUGGAGUGCUAUGUUUGGCGUUUUCUCAAAGGCAUCAAAUGUAGAAUAUGGUAUGUAA